GCGAGAAGUUAAACACUAGUUUCCAAGAGAGGCCAGACACGUGUAUUCAGCUGUGUGACUGUGUGUGUUCUGAACAUAAUUUCUCAUUUUUGUUUAGAAAAUCAAACAGGAAUCAGGUGUUUUGAUGAAGCGUUGGUGCAUAGGGAUCUGCAGAGGGAAAAAAUAACAUUUUAUCUAAUUUUGCGAGAGAGCGAGCAUCAUUGCAAAACUCUCUUGUGUGUGUGGCCCAGCCCCCUGUUAGAAGACGUCCCUCGGUUCCUUUGAGGGUCUGUAGCUGGCAGCAGGAUCCCUGACAUCAGUGUUGCUCUCCGGCUGCCUGCUGUCUCCAACCAUGGCUGCACAGCUGGUUGUUGCUCUCCUGGCUUUCACCUCCCUGAGCGCUACGGCUGAGCCGGACUGCAAGGAGCUGGUGAAGCCUCUGGUGCUGGACAGCCACAGCCCUAUCUAUGGAAAGUGGGUGCUCCACGUUGGUUCCUGGGACAAGCACGGCCUGAAGUCCGACCUGCAGUCGGUUCACAGCUCCUGGGUAGACCUGUCCCCCACCUCUGACAGCGGGGUCAUCGCCCUGUACUGGGCCGACCGUCUUAAUGAAGACAAGUGUCUCCAGGGUGCAGCAAACAUCACUAUAUCAGGAAUAACAAGCCACACCGCUUUCAUAAUCAAUGGUCACACUUCCUAUCAUGAUGGAAAGUAUUAUGAGACAUGCAGCGACUGCCUCCUGUCUGAGGACACCACCCUCCUCCCUGAUGGCGAAUCAAAGGGCCGUUACCUGUUUCUCUUCACACGAACUGGUGCUCUGCAGCCGUUUGAGCUGGAAACCUUCAAAAAGCAGGCAGAAUGUCUUGGAUUUCUCCCAGAGUAUCACUUCGUAAACACAGAUCUGUGUCCAGAUGACAGGGAGAAAACAUCACCUGCUGGUCAGAAAACAAAGGAGGAUGAAACUGAGAAUCAGCCAGCUGAGGAUUAGAGCACAGAGAUGAGGCCACUCAGUGGGCAGUCCAGCAUCCCCUCACAAAUCCAGUUUAACAUGCACUAAAUUACAUUUGCAUAUUGAUAUAGGCUAUUAGACCCAUUCGUUGUAAUUUAGCCAAGGCAGUUAAAUGUCAUUAAUGUUGAUGUAGUUUUAUUUGUAUGAUUAAUUGAUGUAUAUGAUGAAUAAAGGCAGUUUUUUCAUUUCUCUGUUCUACAAAAUGGUCUCUCAACUUUUUAAACUGAUAAUUUGUGUUGUUUACUUCUUAUUAAUACUGAUGCAGCUCUAAUGAAAUGCAGAGCCUGUUGCUGGGUAACAUGCAGCAGAAGAGACAAAAGUGCCCAACAGAAAAGCAACCUUUGCUGAUGUAAAGCUCAGUCAGAUCUUUUAUUUGGACGAUUGAAAAGUUGUGGCACUCUGCCGGAGUUCAUUCAGGAGGGAAAGUUUUUGCAACAGAGGAGCAUUGAUCAGGUCUUUCAGAGCUGCUCCCAAAGAGAUCUGCAUGUGUCCUAAUGGUUCCUGGAAAGGCUUUGCAUAAGUAUUUCAGUGUGUAGAACACCCGCCUCCUCCCUCGUUUUUAGCACUUACACAACAACUUCUUUUAGUCUAAAAGCCCAGUGGAGAAAAUGACCGGGUACCAGAGGGUUUUUUGUUGGAGGAUCAGUAACAUCUGCUGUCUGACCAUGGCUCUGUCUGUUGUUGGGUUUCUGCUGACUCUCGCUUCCCUCAGUGCAGCAUCUGCACCGGACUGUGAGGAGCUGGUUCAACCUUACAUGCCGGAGGAGCCUGAUCAGUUAUUUGGAAAAUGGAUUUAUGUGAUGGGAGCAGGUGAUCCAGUGACAUACCACAAAGCACUGGAAUACAUGAAAAGUUCCUGGAUUGAGCUGCAGCCCACUUCUGACAACCUAACUGUGACCCUGAGAUGGGGGGACUACUGCUUUAACCGCUGCAUCUUUGGGAAAGUAAAUGCAACCAUCUCUGGGCUUACGGCCACAUUUCGCAAAAACUUGUCGGACCACAAGGGACACCUCCUGCAGACCUGCUCCGGCUGCCUGCUGUGGAUGGAUACUUUCCGUAAUAUGGAUGUCACUGGCAGAUUCAUCAUGCAGUUUACAAGGACAGGAAAUUUAAAUCCCAAAGUGGUAGAAAAUUUCAAGGAGCAAGCAAAAUGUCUGAACUUUCCAGAGAACUUCCACAGCUACGACACGACAGCAGAACUGUGUCCUAACAACAAAGAGACAAAAGACUGAGCAGCAAUAAAAGAUAGUCAAUGAAACCUUAUGUGCCACUUGAAACCAUACGCACAAUUUUAUCUUUGACUGAAGCCAGCAUUUUCUUUACAGAUUUCCACUGGGAGACUCCAAACUGUUUAAAAAGAACUCCUUUAACAUGCUUCCAUGACUUAUCUGAAGGUGAACAUUUCUAUUCUGUGAUGGCACACAUUAGACCAGCUGUCAUGUACAAAUGAUGAAGUCGUGUCAACUUCCCCUGAACCAUGAAUCAGCAAAUUUGUCCCAGAAGAGAAACUUUGGUGUGGUUAAGUCUAAAUAUUGUUUUAAAGCGUCAGUAUCAUUUUAAAAAUAAAAAGUGAAGAAUGAA